UUUGGUGGGGUUUCUUUAGCCAUGGAAAAGCUACAGUGUUACUCAGGCUGAAGGUGGAGGGAGGUGAAUGUCUCCUUCUGAUCUGCCCUCGGAAGGCCCCAUCUGGAGUGCUCCAUCCAGGCAGGAUGUGCUUGUUAGAGCAGGGCUGGAGGAGGCCACAGAGAUGCUCAGAGGGCUGGAGCAGCUCUCCUCUGCAGCCAGGCUGGGAGAGCCAGGGCUGUCCAGCCUGGAGAGGAGCAGGCUCUGGGGAGGCCUCAUUGCAGCCUUCCAGUGUCUAAAGGAGUCAGAGAGUCAUAGGAGAAAGGGGAAUGGGUUUCAACUGGAAGAGGGGAGAUUUGGAUCAGAUGUUAGGAAGAACUGUGAGGGUGGUGAAACACUGGACAGGCUGCCCAGAGAAGCUGUGGAUGUCCCAUCCUUGGAAGGCCCCAUUCCAGGCCAAGGUGGACAGGGCCCUGAGCACCCUGAUCCAGCCGGUGGCAUCCCUGCCCAUGGCAGGGGGUUGGAACUAGGUGAUCUUCAAGGUGCCUUCCAAGGCAAGGCAUUCUGGAACUCUAUGAGGGUGCAAAGUGGAUUCCUGCUACCUGGGCAUGGAAUGUUACCGAGCGGUUGACAUGGAGAGUCCUGCUUCGAGGACUCCGUUUACCAGGAGUCUGUUAAGUCAGUUGAUGGAUUCUCUGCUGGGCAUCAGAUGCAGAGCAUCUGUCUUCUCCAUCCCAGGUGGGAUCAGAAGGCGAUUUGCUGACAUUUGUGAGAAAAACUCUGGAUUGAGUGUACAGGUUUGGAAGAACAUCAUUCUCUGACCCCGAGAAAUCAGAGCUUUGUAGCAGUGUGCUACCUAAAGGAACCCAAGGGAUUGAUUGCUGUAGCUUCCCUGACAUUCCUUUUCGGUGUUUGUCUGCUUGCUUUUCCAGUGGUUUUAGAUCAUGAAACGCCAUGAGCACAAGGCAGCGGAAGCGCUGUGGGGAACCAGUUGAUUCCAGACAAGCUCGGAAACGAAGAAGGUUGGUGGCUUCUAACACAGGUGGAGCCUCAGAAGCAGAGCCAGUAGACCCUAGAGAAAGUGCUGUUGAAGAAGUCAUAGAUCUCACAGAUAGAUCUUCUGAGCCUGAAGUCAGUGACCUAACUGAUGAUAAUUCAGUUGUGCAGUGGCAGCCGAGCCAGCAAUACCCACGUUUUUUCAGAGCAGCAGAUAAUUCAGCAGUGCUACUGAUGAGCGACAAUGAAGAGGAACAAGGAGAUUACGAUGAG